ACCACCGGUCACCGGUAAACCCGCCCCCGCCCCGCCCGCCGCAACCCCAGCGAACCAAACCAAACCAAACGAAACGAAACGGAGUAGAUUCCCCCAAGGCCCCAACCUCCUCCUCGCCUUCCCACCUGUCCACCUCCCCCCCUCCGCCGCCGCCGCCGCCUUCUUCCCGGGGGCGGGGCGGGGAGAGGAGGCGCGGGGGUGCGGGGGUUUAGUAUCUCCUCUCGCCGGUGGCCGCGCGGGGAGGUGACGGCCUGAGAUUCUCGCCGCGUCCGCCCGUCGUUCUGGUGGUCUCCUCCUCCGCCGCCGCCGCCGCCCGCGUGUUGGGGGAGAGCGGUUUGGCGUGAAUCGGGCCGGGGUGAGCGGACGCCGCCGCCGUUGGUGGCUGCUUCAUGGAGUGCUUCCUGCUCAGCCUGAACCCGUUCCGGUUCAAGCCGAUUUGGCCGCCGAGGACCGCGCCCAAAUCUCCCUGAAACCCUAGGGUUUCCCCUCCUCCCUGCCCGGGGAUUUCGAGAAAAAGGAAGUCCCGGGCGGCGCUUCCCCCCAACCCCUCGUUUUUUUUUUUGGGUUCAUCUCGUGUGUUCCGUGAAAUUCUCGUCUUCUCGGAGGUUUCUGAGGGGAGGGAGAGGCUGGGCUGACCGGCUCAAGGUGUUGUGAAAGGACAUGAGCUUGCUGCGAGAGGCUCCUUGUCUCGUUUAGUUUGAGUUCGGGCUGGGCGUCCCUUCUUCUAUAGGUGACGGUGGUGGUGGUGCUGCUGCUGCGAGGGAUGGCGAAGGAGGAGGACGGCGGCGGCGGCCCGGAGUUCGUGAGGUGGAGGGAGGACUUCGUGUCGCAGGAGAGGGGCAGCCGCGUCGUGCAUUACUACCUCGAGGACGCCGCGGGCGCGUCGCACCUCGCCGUCGUCGGCACGGAGCGGAGCCUGCGCCACAUGCUCUAUGUGGUCUCGGAGGAUUUCCGGGAGGCGCAGGGUGCCGAUGGCGGCGGGCCGGGGGUGUUUGCGCGCAAGUGGCGGUCACGCCGUGAGGUGGUGGAUUGGCUCGCCUCCUUCCUUCCGGCGAAGUCCCUCGCCUCGAAACUUUCAAAAUUUGGAUCACAUAUGGGUAAUGACAUUGGAUUGGAUGGAUACAGUGAACCUGAUAGCUUUAUGGGUCACAAUCUGGGGAAAGCCUGUAGCUCGGACAUUAUGUGGUCUGGUUCGUCCUGGACUUGUGGCAAGCAGCUUUACCACUAUAAAGCUUUUUGUCGUAAUGGUACCACAAUAUCUACCCACUCUUUUGUGCUUGUCAUGUCUGAGGAGGAAAGUCGCUAUCUUGCAUACUUGGAAGAUAUGUACGAAGAUAAGAAGGGGCAGAAGAAGGUUAAAGUGCGAUGGUUUCAUCAAAACCAGGAAUUUGCUUGCGCUAUACCUCCUCCCCCUCCUCAUCCUUGCGAAGUUUUCAUCACUCCUUAUUCUCAAGUAAUCAGUGUGGAGUGUGUCGAUGAUAUUGCAACUGUGUUAACUCCUGAGCACUAUGAAAAAUGCGUCAAUACAUUGCCAAAUUCUUCUAUGGUGGGAAUCCGUUUCUGCUUUCGCCAAUACAGUAAAAAUAAGUUUAAACGUUUUGACCUGAGAUCAUUGCGUGGAUAUUUUAGUCAAGCUGUUGUUUUGUCCUUAAAACUUCCCCCAGAGCAAGAAAAGGAUGAUGGUUCUGAUAUCAUAAAAACUUUUGAGCAAUGGACACCUGGGAAGACAAAGUUUCCUAAGCAGUUUGAGAGGCUUUACUCAAAAUGUUUGGGAACUAAAAUCUGCCGAGGCCCACAAGAAGACUCCAUAGCAUCUUAUCAGAAACCAAGCAGUAAGCAAUCUCCCAGAAAACAUCUCUCAGUCAAGUUCAUAGGGCCCCAGAAUCAGCGUAUGCCAACCUACAAUGUUGGUGACAGAAUAGAGGUCUUGUCUCAGGACAGUGGGAUUGUAGGCUGCUGGUUCAGGUGUACAGUUCUCAAGUCAUGUACUAAUCAUAACAAAUUGAAGGUUCAGUAUGAUGAUCUCCAGAAUGCUGAUGAUAGUGGGAGAUUGGAGGAGUGGGUACCUGUAUCAACAUUGGCUCGUCCUGAUAAACUGGGAUUGAGAUGCCCAGAGCGACGCAGAGUUAGGCCACGCCCUCAACAAAAUAGUUUGGCUGACGGAACUAAUCUUUUACCUGGAGCUGCUGUUGAUGUAUGGCAAUUUAGUGGCUGGUGGGAAGGAGUUCUAGUCAGUGCAGACAACAUUUCAGCUGAUAGCCUACAAAUAUAUUUUCCAGGCGAGAACUUCUUUAGUGUAUGCCAGCUAAAGAAUUUAAGAAUUUCGAAAGAUUGGGUCAAGAGCCACUGGGUUGAUAUAGAAAUGAAACCAGAUGUGUUAUCGAAAAUACCUUCGGUUGGUGUUCAAACAAGGCAACCUGAUAAUCUGACAUCUGUUGAGAGGCCGGACUCCAGAAAUUCUGCAAUGUCUGACCAAGAGCUUGCAGCCAUACAAACAAACUCUAGUGAAGAUAAACAAACAGGAGCUGAUCAGCCAGCAGAAGUUAGUUUGACUGAUAUGGCCUCUGCUUUUGCAGAGGACCAGAAACAAACAGUUCUAGGAAAGCGACCUAGGGAUGAUGAUGCUGAACAACAUUGCAAUGGGGAAGUAGGCAUAGAUGUUGGCAAAUUGUGAAGUUUGGGAAGCGCAACCUCAUUAGACGUAUGUACAUAGCUAUAGAUAUGGUAAUUGGACCCCAGCAGAGGGGUUUUUUACUAGGUUGCUGAUAUCAGUGAGCAUCGACAUCUUUUUUCAUACACGUGUUCCCUUGUUUUACUGUUAGCUUCCCACUUUCAGGCUUUCUGUCACCAGAUACAGAGGUUGCAAACUAAAUAUUACCCUUACCAGUCAUAUUGUAUAGCAGUCUGAUUGAUCAUUGCUUCUCUUAUGUUUUCCUCCGGAGUCUGGACUAUAGUUUCAGUUUAUUCUCAAUUGUUAAUAUAGUUUAAGUUCAUAUGAAUAA